AGACGUGGCCGUUCGCUCAAAUCUCGCUGACAGCCAAUCAGACGCGUCCAGGUCACAGGUGCCGUGUUUGUAGCGGAAGAGAAGAUGGCUGCUGCGAGGAACGGAAAGAGUGGGCUGCUGGAGAAAUGGAGGAUCGAUGAGAAGCCGGUGAAGAUCGACAAAUGGGACGGAGCUGCUGUGAAGAACUCCCUGGAUGACGCCGCUAAAAAGGUGCUGUUGGAGAAGUACGGCUACGUGGAGAACUUUCAGCUGGUGGACGGUCGUCUGUUGAUCUGUACGGUUUCCUGUCUGUUCGCCAUGGUGGCUCUGGUCUGGGACUACCUGCACCCUUUCCCCGAGUCCAGACCGGUCCUCGCCUGCUGCGUCAUCUCGUACUUCAUCAUGAUGGGCAUCCUGACUCUGUACACCUCCUACAAAGAGAAGAACAUCUUCCUGGUGGCCCUGCAGAAAGAUCCCGCCGGGAUGGAUCCGGACCACGUCUGGCAGCUCUCCUCCUCCCUCAAACGGUUUGAUGACCAGUACACCCUCCGAGUUUCCUUCACCGAUGGAAAGUCCAAGAAGUCGAGGGAGACGGAGUUCACCAGGUCCGUGUCGGCGUUCUUCGACGGGAACGGGACCCUGGCGAUGGACCAGUUCGAAAAGUGUGUCUCCAAACUCCACGACACGCUGGCCGCGGACAAGAAGACCAAAUAACGCCGAAAAAAGUCAACAGUUUGUUUUUGAUACGGCAGGAAGAUUAGAGCGUCUCCUCUCAGCGGCAGAGUCCUUCCCUUCCUUUCAGUCACUUCACUGGUUUCCGUUUUCAUUUCUUUAAAAAUCCACCUGCAGAGCGAUGAUCCGUCAAAGUCCCUGACGCGUCGGCUGUUUUUUGUUGCGCUUAAAACUGCGGCAUCUCGCAGCUGAAAGUAAAGUCGGGUCUUUUUAUUCCAAGGAAAGAUUGAAUUGACGUUGCUCAGUUGUCAGAGCAGCGCAGUGUGUUGGUGUGUGUGUGGGGUUUUGGUUCGUUACAUCUCGGCUGAACCUCAAACUGUAGCAGCUGCAGUGUGAGUUUGGCCUCGUGUCCUGAUGAUCCUGCUGAAUCACAUUAAUGAAUAAGAUUCAACAACAUCGUCAGGACGAGAGAUUCUGCUGAAUCUGGUUUUGGAAAAAUAAACAUGAGCGUUGUCAGUUUGGCUCCAGAGAGCGCGGCUGCGAUUGGUCGUCGCAUCCACAUCUAAUGCUGAUUUAUUAUAAAUGUAACUCUAAACGUCGAUUAUGUUCCCAGAUGUCGGUGUGUCAGUGAAGGCAGCACCGGGCAUUGACCGAACCGUCUCCGCUCUCGAACGCAUCACCACAUCGUGAUGAAGUUGCUGCGACAAAAAUACGAGUCCGGUUGGUCGAGAAAAUAAUCAGCAGAUUAAUAAAUGAUGGAAAUGGAGACAUCUGCUGGCCGACGAGUCCAGUUCAGGCGAACCGGUCGUUUUCAUCCUCCAGUACCGCGACGGGUGGAGAAACCGGUCUGUGUACCGAGGGAAAUGAGGAGGGACGUAAUGCAACCGAGGUCUCCGGACUCCACCUGCCCCCCCCGGGUACUGGAUUUUCAGUGUGUUCUCCGUCGAUGCUGAGAGUGUAACGUCCGUGCAGGUUGAUUUUGAUUGAUUGAGAUGAACUGAAACCAAUGAACUGCCUGAAAGGAGGGAAACCAGUCAUUAGUCAGACUUUCACUAGUUCUUACCAAGAUAAUAAGAUAUGGUUGUUAUUGUUGUUAUUAUUAAUGUUAUUGUUAUUUUAUUAUUAUUAUUUUAUUAUUAUUUUUUAUAAUUAUUAUUAUUAUUAUUAUUAUUAUUAUUAUUAUUAUUAUACUAAGAGGACAUGAGAAUCAUUAACAUCUGGUUUUCUGUUGUGAGCUGUUCCGAGUGAAAUGGUCAAUAUUUUAUUUGAUGGUUCAGGAUUUCAUCUGAUCGACAGUGUCCGAGCUCCUCGUCGUCGUCCAACGGUUUUAUUUCCACUCUUCCCUCAGAUCGUCGCCUGUCUCUCUGCCUCGUCGGUGCUUCUGUAUUUUUUCAGACCAGGUUAAAGGAAACAUUUAGGAAUAUUCAGCAGCUCAUUGGAUAAACUCUAAAAACUGAUCAGUAUUAACAGACGUUUUUCUCCCUGGUUAAACUUCCUCAGCAGCUGGAUCAGUCGUCAGAGUUCUACGUGACGGUUUCCGUUUCUCAGCAGCUUAAAAUAACAUUUCAGCUCCGCAACGGGUCGUGUUGAAGGUUUUAAAAACCCUCGGCACGACCGAUGGGUGGAGCCAUGUGACGCCGACCGAAGGGAAAAGAAACACCUGUACAGGUAGCAUGUGAUGAUGGUGGAAAAGGAAAAAGUAAAGUUUCUAAAAGAUUCCUCCUUUAGUUUUUGUUCCUCGUCUCAGUGUCGAACAGUUUUCCAGUCGGGGGUUUGACGUAGACACGUGCUGAUAAUCCGUGAAGUUCAGACGACGGCGGUUUUCUUCUUCAUCCCUCACUGACGGACUCGUUGAUGCCUUACACCAGGAAGUGGACUGAAUGUCGACUUUUGUUUUGAAUGUUUUGUACUGUUAUUGUCUCGGAGCCUUAUUCCCUGUAAGUUCUGUCAGUGAAAACAUUAAAGAUGGAAACUGUUACCGAAAGACGA